AUGGUGUACAUUCGGCAACAGCACCUUGCAAACCUCAAGAACUACAAGUAUGCAUCUGCAGACCACUCACCGAUCAGUCGGUUUGUGCUCAAGCCGUUCUACAACAAAUUCGUGAUCAACUGUUUCCCGAUGUCGAUGGCGUGCAUCACACUCACAGGAUUCAUGUUCGUCGUUAUCAACUUCAUCACCGUGAUGUGGUUCAAUCCGAAUUUGGAUACAGAUUGUCCGAGAUGGGUUUAUGCCAGUUGCGCGAUUGGUCUGUUCUUGUAUCAGACCUUUGACGCUGUGGAUGGCAUGCAGGCACGGAGGACGAGGCAGAGUGGACCGCUGGGAGAGCUCUUUGAUCACAGUGUUGACGCAUGCAACACCGGUCUCGGUGUUCUGGUCUUCGCAUCCGCAAUGAACCUCGGCCAGGGCUGGAUGACAUUUAUCGCAUUAUUCGGAUCGACUAUGACCUUCUACGUGCAGACGUGGGAUGAAUACUACACCCAGAUCCUCACACUGGGCUUCGUUUCCGGGCCUGUAGAGGGCAUUUUGGCCCUCUGCACCGUUUACGGAUUUACAGCAUACAUGGGUGGUGGCAGUUUCUGGCACCAGUCCAUGCUGGCCACGAUCGGUGUCCCCAAACCAAGCUUCCUCCCCAACUUGCUCUACGACAUGCCCUUCACCCAGGGUUACUUGGUGUACGGCGCAUUCGUUCUGUUCUUCGCGACGGGAUCAAGUAUCAUGCACGUUAUGCAGGUCCGCCGCGAGCGCGGCCAGGACCCCUUCCAGCCGCUGUACGGUUUGCUCCCCCUGGUCGCCAUCUGGACUCUCACCCCCGCCUACCUGUACCUGCAGCCGGCAAUUUUGGAGAACUUCACCAUUCCCUUCGGACUGUUUGUGACUUUGGUCAAUGCCUACUCGGUUGGUCGCAUUAUCGUUGGCCACCUCACCCAGACCAGUUUCCCAUACCAUAAUGUUCUGCUGUACCCACUCGCCUUGGGUGUGCUUGACAGUGCCGGCGCACUGAUCGGCUUGUGGUCCACACCCGUUCUUGGAAAUGGUGUUGGGCAGGUGGCGUUCACCUUUGUGUGCCUGGGUCUGGCAGUCGGAGUGUACGGUAGCUUCGUGUUCGAUGUCAUCACCACGAUAUGUGACUAUAUCGAUAUCUGGUGUCUCACCAUCAAGUACCCAUUCACCGAAGAGACCGAACACAAGAAUGGUGUGUCCAAGAAGACCAAAUAGAGGGGUAAAUUGGGCGAAUCCCAAUUCUGGGGAAAGAC